AUGGCUUAAAAUAAGAAAAAAUUGCCUGAAGCCGAAAAGUAACUCAAUCAGGAGCAAGAAGCUGACAGAAUCGCUGAACAUAUUUUAUCCACUAAUGGUGGCUAGCAUCUUUAUGACAAAUAUUUGCUAAUAAAAGACAGACCUCAUUGUUCUGUGAGAAUGAUACAAUUUUUCGAAGAAGGAAUUUAGUUCUCUUUCUUUCCUGGAGAUCCCGGAGAGGUAGAAGAAGAUUUUGACAUUAACUGGAGCGCUGAUCAAGAGCCUAUCGAAUCAGAAGUAGAUCACUGGGCAACCAAAAUCGUCAAAACAAAGCAGAUUGUUAAAGUUGAAAACUAGAUAGAUGAUGCUCAAUCUUCAAGUAGAUCAAAGCGAGCUUUAUCAAUAGCAUCAUCUAGAAAAAAUACUGUUAAAGUUAGAAAAAUUACAGCAAACCGAAAUGAUUAAGAUUAAAAAUCAAGGCUCGGUGACUCGAUGAGAGAAAGAUCUGAAAGAAAAGAGAACCAGAAUAUCAAUGUGAAUUUAUCUUCGUAAAAUACAUUAGCUAACAAUUAAAAUACUUACAACUUAAUUCCAUUGGAUGUUGAUCCUCCAAGAGAAAUUCCUGAUCAAGAAAAGAUUUUAAGAGAUCGAAAGGAAAGAUAACUGAAGAUGAAAGAACUUGAAAUAAAAGAGUAAAGAGAAAAAGAAGAGAGAGAAAAGUAAAGAUUGAAAAAUAAGCAGGAUGCAUUUGCCGAGAUUGAGAAGAGCGAAUAUACAUACGAUCAUAAUGGAAAGAUUAUCAUGGUCAAGAGGCCAAACAUUAGUAAACUCCCAAGUGCUUAGUCAGUAUCCUUAGAGGUUUAAUUGCAUGGUAAUACCUCGAUGAGUUCUUAAAAAACGAUGUCAUAAGUACCAAUGAAGACUAGGACAAGACUUCAAAGUGCUAAAUAACCCCUACAGCAGGAAAUGAAAAAAGCAGAAUAAGAGCUCUAAGAUAAUUAUGACAAAAUAUUCAAUGCAUAGGAAGAAUCAUUGAAAGAAUAUGGUUUAUAGAAGGAACCUUUCUCUGUAUCAGCAGGGAUAGUCCUAACAGAUAAAGAAGGUAGAAAAACUAAAGGUCCAAAUAUUGACAGAGAAAAUAAAAUGACACUCUAAGAGUAUCAAAAAGUAGCCCAGCAGUUUGAUAUCGAUGAUAAACUUAGUAGAAUAGGAUCUGGUAAGAAACUUAACAGCCAAGAAAUUAUGCAAUCAUAGCUAGAUGAGAUACAAGAAGAUUAAGGAUCAUUCGACAUGCCAGGAAAUCGUAGGUCAGCAGAAAGAAUUAUGAAAAAUUAUGGUGCUGAUGAAGUUUAUGACAGAGAAUUAUCGUACACUUAAUAUAAGAUAAAUAUGAAAGCCAAGAGGAAAGACCUAAAAUCAGCAAAUGUCAAGAAUCUUAAUGAGAGAGUUCUCGCUUAGCAUAACAAAGAUGUCAGAAUAACUUCUGCCAAGUAACAAUAAGAUGUCAGAAUAAGGAGAACACCUUCUAAGCUUGGAGUUAAAGAGAGAAUAUUUAAUUAUGAAAGCAACAUCGGUGGUAUUGACUUUUCAUCCAAUAUAUACGGGUCUUAGAUCUCUGAAAGCAGACCUUAAUCAGGUCACCCAAAUAUCUAAAACAUGUAGAGCAAGAAAAGUUUGAAACUAAUCAAUAAUAAAGUGGGGGCUGCUUCAUCACUUAUUGACGAGUUCAACAAAAAGCUUGUUGAAAAAGGAACAUCAAAUAUGGUAUUGGCUACUGAAAUGCCUGAAGCUUCACUAUAUCUAAGCUAAAAGAAAGAAAGACCAUAAACAAGCAAACCAAUGUCUAAUUCAAAGAAAAGAAUAAAUGCAAAUGAUAUUUCAGAUACAAAUCUUCUGAAUAAGCUUUCAGAUUUAGGAAGGAACUCGGUAAUCACAGCAAAUAAUACUGAAACUGGAGGAUUUCUUAAUAACAAAAGUGUCCAAUAGAAAAAAGCACCAAGGGAAAGGAUUAUUUCAGCUAAGCUGCCUAGAGAUAAAGAAAAACUGCCUCCACCUCCAGUUGGAAAGACUAUGGGACAUGGACUGCUUCUAAAAGGGCAGAACAGGAAGUGA